UUCUGCGGGGCAGAUACAUAUAUAUAUUCUGUGCUGAACGUUAAUCUGGCGUUCUGUGCAAGCUGAUAUAUCGACAAUGGAAGAGACCAAAGAGAUGUUUGCGUUUAAGGGUGUUGCUGAGAGACUAACGCUCGGCAUUACCCGAAUCCUCGAGAGCAUGCCCGGUGUGGUGGACGUCCGUUUUGCAGAGAGGGAUCCUGCAGAGAAGAGGAGUCUGCUGACAUGGGAGCAGAAAAACACGUGUAUUUUACCUGAGGACCUUCGAGAUUUCUAUCUUACCACUGAUGGAUUCACACUAACAUGGAGUGUUAAACUGGAUGACGAGUGUGUUCCCUUGGGAUGCAUGAUGAUUAACAGUGUGGCCAGGCUGGGCCCUCUGCUACAACCAGUUUCGCUCUUCUCUCUCCCAAAUGCCCCCUCUCUGGCUGACCUGGACUGGGAGGAGAGCAGCACAGAGAAAGGGCCAGAGCCUGCGCGCGCCGCGCCCCAUUUCGAUGCCCGGAGCCGCAUCUUCGAGCUGGAUUCUUGUGGUGGGAAUGGGAAAGUGUGUCUAGUCUACAAAAACUGCACUCCAGGUGUGGUAGCCCAGCAGAGUGAAAUCUGGUUCCUGGAUCGCUCAUUGUGCUGGCAUUUCCUGACGGCAACAUUUACGUCCUACUACCGACUGAUGAUCACCCACCUGGGUCUGCCUGAGUGGCAGUAUGUCUUCACACCAUAUGGCCCAAGCCCCCAGGCUAAGCAGUGGGCAUUCCUCUACCAGCCGCUGACCUUCAGCUGUGACCCCAGCCCAGCAGAUCCUGCUGGGGAUCCCUACAUCAACAAGCUGGAUCCCACCAAGGCCUUCAAAGGCAAAGCUAAAGUGCCGGCCCCAAAAAAGAAGCAAUCAGCUCAGUGCAGCUCGACGGGAACGGCCAAGGGCCAAGGCAGCGCCGGAAGACAGACUGGGGUAAAGCGAUGAGAGUGUUUCCAUCAGGCUGCUUUGAUGCCUGCUUGACCAACAUGGAUGUAGAAGAGCAUUGUGCAGGUUUUUCCUGGGAUACAUAGGGGCUGAUAGCAGCGCUGCACAACAUGUGGUCCCUUUGCAUGAGUAAAGAAAUACAGACCCAUGGUUUACAGCUGGUUCAGUUAGCGGUGUCAACAUGGUGCAAACAGCAUGGAACAAAAAAAAAAAAAAUCUAUUUUCAUUUUUGAUUGGUUUACAAAAAAAAAAGCUGCUAACUUAAAGACCUAAGCAUGUUUUUAGUAAUUUUAGUAAUUAGAAAAUACGACUGAGACUCAUCAAGCAGUUGUUUCGGCAACAGCACCAAUCUUUUAAUACAGCUGUCAAAAGUGACACCUCCAGAUGAAGACAAUUCAAAGCAGACAAUUCAUAAAAAUAAUCAUAUGUGCAAUAAUACCACAGAUAAUACUGACGAGUAGUUUCUAAGUGCAGCAUUGCUGUCCUCAACAGGAAGACUUCGAGCCUGUCAAUGCAGUUAUUGAUUUGCUUCUCAUUUUCAAAUGCAUUUAAACACAUCGACGUCAUAACUGUAAACUUUUAAUGGGUGGAAAAAAAAAUGCAUUGCUAUAGGUUUUGUCUGUGUGACCACGGAACAGUAAUGUCAGCCUAACACAGAAAAUGAAGUGACCAUGUGAUGAUCCACUGAACAUGCUGCUGGCACAUCGGUCGAAGCUUUAAACUGAUGUCCCCGAGCGUCACGUU